AAAUCUCACACUCUCUGAGAGUUUCAGCAAAUCAUUCAUCGCAGCGAAACUCGAUGGCGUCUAGGGUUUUGAAGGUGAAGUCUGCCGACGGAGAGAUAUUCGAGGUUGAAGAAUACGUCGCCGAACAAUUCGAGAUGCUCAAGAACCUAAUCGAAUAUUGCGACGACGACGACAGAGAAACUCCAUUGAACAAUGUUGACGGCAAAACUCUAGCCAAAAUGUUAGAGUGGGGCAAGAAACACGCCGACUACGGCAAAGGAAAGAAAACGGAAGAGGAUGAUGCGGAGCUGAAGAAGUGGGAUGAGGAAUUCCUCGAUGUCCAUGCAUCGGUUCUCUAUGAUUACAUUAUGGCCGCAAAUUUUCUGGAAAUCAAGGUUUUGUUGGAGCAGAUUUGUGACAAAGUUGCUACUAUGAUUAGGGGAAAGACACCGGAGCAAAUUCGAAAGAUUUUGUGCAUCAAGAAUGAUUUUCCUCCGGAGCAAGAGGAAGCAAUUCGGAAGGACAAUCCCUGGGCUUUUGAACAGUAAAACGCAGAGUGGAUUUAUGUUUAUGUUUUUUUUCGUUUUAUGUCCGGUGGAGUCUAGGUCUUUUUUGGAAUGAACAUGGAGAUUUCCUUUUUAAGUUUUUUUUAGUUUUAAUCCUACCAAUUGUGUAGAUAUAUUAAAUUCUAUAUUUGAUU